AUGGAACCCAGAGAGAACGACAAGCUUGUCUCACCAAAGCUAACCGGCCCAGCCGCCGAGCGAGCACGGCGGAAGAUCAACGCAAAGCUCUCCAACCCACUGGCUGGACUCAGUCACACCGAGUUGAGAACCCAGGGACGCACAUUCGCCGAAUUCCAUGUUAUGGGCGAUGAGUCCGAUAUUCGCGCAUUUGAGUUGGGUGCUGUGCUGGCACAAUCACCAGAGCGAUUUGAUGACAUCUCUGAUUUGACAAACCAAGAGAAAGCAGUAUUGCGUCGAGAGUUGACCAACAAGUGGGCUCAGCCCUGGAAGAUGUAUGCUGUGAUUGCACUUUGCUCUCUCUCAGCAGCUGUCCAGGGAAUGGAUGAAACGGUUGUCAACGGCGCUCAAAUCUUCUACAAACACCAAUUCGGAAUUGGUGACGACUCCGCUCGAAGCACCUGGCUCGUAGGCCUCACAAACUCGGCACCGUACCUCUGCUGCGCGUUUAUCGGUUGUUGGUUGACUGUCCCCUUCAAUCACUGGUUCGGUCGCCGGGGCACAAUAUUCAUCACAUGUUGUCUCUCCGCGAUAGCGUGUCUCUGGCAAGGGUUUGUCUCGACAUGGUGGUCUAUGUUCGUCGCUCGAUUCGUGCUGGGGUUCGGCAUCGGUCCAAAAUCAGCCACUGUGCCUAUGUAUGCCGCGGAAACCGUUCCCUCGGCGAUUCGUGGAGCAUUGGUCAUGCAGUGGCAGAUGUGGACAGCGUUUGGUAUCAUGGUUGGAUAUGCGUCAGACAUCAUUUUCUACAAUGUCGAUUCGACUGUGAUUGUCGGACUCAAUUGGCGAUGUAUGAUGGCGUCGGCGAUGUUCCCGGCUCUUGUGGUCUGCUGUUUUGUCUUCGCGUGUCCUGAAUCGCCGCGCUGGUAUAUGAGCCAGAAGCAGUAUUACCGCGCAUAUCAAUCGAUAUGCAUGCUGCGGCACCAUAAGAUUCAGGCGGCGAGAGACUUAUACUACAUGCAUACUCUGCUUGAGGCGGAGAAUAAUAUGAAGCUUGGUCAGAACAAGCUGUUGGAGUUGAUCACUGUGCCACGCAACCGACGAGCCAUGGUAGCAUCUCAGAUUGUGAUGUUCAUGCAGGAGUUCUGUGGUGUCAAUGUGAUCGCAUACUACUCCGCUGAGAUAUUUCUCGAGGCCAAAUUCACACCCAUAGCAGCGCUAGCCGCGUCCCUGGGCUGGGGAGUGAUCAAUUGGCUUUUUGCAAUUCCUGCAAUUUAUACAAUCGACACGUUUGGUCGACGAAACUUAUUGCUUUUGACUUUUCCUCUCAUGGCGAUAGCUAUGUUUUUCACCGGCUUCAGUUUCUGGAUCCCACAAAGUAGCUAUACGGCUCGACAAGUCUGUAUAGUCCUCGGCACUUACCUUUUUGGAAUUUUCUAUUCGCCUGGUGAAGGACCAGUCGCGUUUACGUAUUCCGCCGAAGCGUAUCCACUGUAUGUGCGACCAUACGGAAUGGCGUUGGCAACGGCCACGACAUGGUUCUUCAAUUUUGUUCUUGGGGUAACUUGGCCAGCCUUAAAAAAGACAUUCACACCACAAGGUGCGUUUUCUUGGUAUGCUGCUUGGUGUGUGAUUGGGUGGUGGUUGGUUCUAAUGUUCAUGCCUGAGACCAAGGGUAAGACGCUCGAGGAGUUGGACCAGGUGUUUUCGUUGCCGACGAGACUUCACGCUGGGUAUGGAUUGAGGCAGAUUCCUUAUUUCGCAAAGCGGUACUUGUUUGGAAAGGAUAUCCAACCGGAAAUCCUUUAUGAGAGAGAAGACCGAGCUGCAGCUCGAGAUGUUGGAUUUAAUGCUUAG